CUGAAUUUCAGACUCUGAAAGCGUAGAAGAGGAACGCAACAAACAGUCCACACAAUUGCUUUAGCAGCGGCAGACGACGGAACGAGUUACUGCUGUCCGCCGGCCAAUAAAUAUUAUCGCGCGCCGUGCGUGAACAAUUUUGAAGGUUUUAUAAGAGACCAUAAAAACCCUAAAACAAACAACAUGUCUUCUCCUCCUAUUAUUUAAACUCUUUCCACGUGUACUUUUUCUCUUCGUAAGUGUGCAGUGUCUGCUUCAUUUUCCAGAUUUCACCUCUUCCUGCAUGUUCGACUGAUUAAACACCCAUUCAAAACCCAUCUACACCACUAUAUAAUUCUGAUUUUGGAUUCCGUGCCAUAUUUGAAGUUCAAUGACCAAAUAGAAAAGGUGGUGAUGGUGAUGAUGAGGCGAGUUAGCAAUGGAGGAUGAUAAGAUCCCGGGAUCCCAUUGGAAAAGGUGUCAGAAGUGGCAGUCGAUGUUGAGUAGUCGCGGUAUCGUAAAUAUAAUUGGUUUUUGGUUGUUGGUGGCGAUGAUCGGGUCGGUAAGUCGGUCGGACGGAGCCCUCUGCCCUGCCGUGUGUCGGUGCGAAGAGGAAGCCCUCACCACUUCUUGCGCGAACGCGGCACUCGAGUUCGUGCCCAUCCAGCUGAAUCCCGAAGUCAAGAACAUCGACCUGUCGAACAACAAAAUUAGUAACCUUCAUUUUACCUUUACAUUCUACGAUAAACUUGUGCAGUUGGAUCUUUCCAGUAACAAAAUAAGCACUUUGGGCUCAGCGAAUUUCGAGUAUCAGAGAGCAUUGAAACAUCUUAACUUAAGUAGCAAUGAAAUUGAAAAAUUAAGCAAAGAUUCGCUAAAGGGCCUUAAGGCGCUCAAGGUGCUCGAUAUAAGUUAUAAUCGAUUGGAAAAACUGACUUCAAUAGCAUUCCGGGAAUUACAUUCGUUGUUAAUUUUGAAGUUGCGCGGAAACCGUUUGAUGCAUUUCGAAGACGGCCUAUUUAAAUCGACGAAACAUUUAGAGGAAUUAUGGGUGGAGGAUAAUCAAUUUUUGGUUGUCCCCAGUUCGGCGCUUUCUGAUGUACAAACUUUGCGACAUUUGUCACUCUCACGCAAUCUGAUUGAGUCGAUCGCGGAAGGGGAGAUGGCCCAACUUUCCCAACUGUCCACUCUUCAGCUAGACGGCAACGUUAUAAGCGACAUCAACCCCAAGGCACUCGCGCCACUUCUCUCCCUUGACCAUCUCGAUAUAAGCGAUAACAAUUUCACCGCCCUGCCCACUAAUUCAAUAUCGAAACUAUCCAAUUUAACUACGCUAAGAUUUAGCGGUAAUUUUAUUAACAACAUACCGUCGCUAGCUUUCAGGGGACUCUUCCAUUUAAAGUAUGUUAAGUUGGAUCGGCUUCAGAAUCUCGAAACGAUCGAUCCCAGGGCUUUUGUUGACAACGUUCACUUGGAAAAAGUGAUCAUGGACUUUAACAUCGCAAUGGAAAAGCUUCCCACCAGGUUAUUUCACGGAAAUCCCAAACUUAAGUGCGUAUCGGUCCGCUAUAAUAAACUGGAAAGUUUGGAAGUCACCCACUUUCCCUUGGAUCAGUUGAGAGAGCUUAAAGUGGGCGGCAACCCACUGCAGUGUAAUUGUUCUUUGAGUUGGUUGUGGCAGUUGAUAAAGAUUCAGAAAAGCAAAAGCAAAUCGGCCAAACUCGGCAACAACACAGUUAAUUCUAUGGAGGAACAGGCUGAACAGGAACACCACCACGAUUUGAUGCUUGACGUCGCCGAUAUCCGAUGUAAUGGACCGGAAGACAUGAAGGACCAUCUGCUUUCCGAGGCUUCCAAGUACCAAAUGGACUGCUCUGUCGGCUGGAUGGCCGCUGUCUCCGUGGCGGUCACCGUCCUCUUUAUUCUCGCAGUUAUCGGUGGGGUAGUUUACUGGGCGCCCAACAGGAAAUCCAAGAGUAACAAGAAGAAGGGUCAAAUAAACAAGAACGGGGACCUGUCCACUUUGGACACGAUGCUGCGCCGGCCUCCAUCAUGUCCGAUGAAUGGGAUGAUGGUGGAGCCCUACGAGGUGACACGCAUCGAAAAAUCAUCGUUAGGCAUCAUGCCGCCAGCCAUUUUACAUCCGAACGAGUAUCGAUCUUUGCCACCGUGGGACCCGUACGGUGCCGGCCAUUGCCAGAGUACCAUGAACAUAUACGAGACUCUGGACGAGAACACCAAGCCCAGACCGCACAUUGUCUACGUAUAAGACAUGUUAAGAAAAGGUUCUUCCUCAAUAUUCGAAACAGUGUAUCUGUAUUAUCUGUGUACCUAUAUUUUGUUAAACAUAUACCUACCUAUACAUACGACCUAUAAGUAAUACAUGAAUUUCUUACUGUGCAGCUCAACUCAUCUAGGUACGUUUUAUUAAGUUUUUCUUUUAUUAUUAAAUAAGACUGAUCGUUUCGAUAUUUGUACAUUUGUUGCUUUAUGUGUCAAAAAGCUUUAAUAUCUAAUCUAAUAUUUAAGUUUCAAACUGUUUAAUCGUUCAUCGUUAUCAUUUUUUUUAUUAUGAAAAAUUGUAAAAAGUUGUUUCAAAUCAAAAUGCCCUUUUUAAUUGAAAUCAUCCAUUUAUAUAGUACCUAUGUCUUGCGCACGUCAAAUUUAAUUGUUAUCUAGAUUUGUCUUAACAUUAACCAAUUUUUUUGCUAUUCACCUAUUUUAUAUAAAU